CAUGGCUUUCAUUCACUUUCACAUCACUUUCAUUUCGUCAGUCUCCACAAAACUUCCUUAUCUCCCAUCCAAAAAUCAGAGCUUUUUCAUCUCAAAUUUUCAUUUGAGAACAGAUCAGUCAACUUGAUUUGAUCUGAUACCGAUUAGAUCUUAGCAAACAUGGACCAGAUGAAGACCGAUCAGAGUCUGCAAGAAAUUGGCGUGAGGAGGCCGAGAACUAAGAUCGUUUGCACUUUGGGACCCGCUUCUAGAUCUGUUACUAUGGUCGAGAAACUGUUGAAAGCUGGAAUGAACGUAGCUCGAUUCAACUUCUCACAUGGAUCUUAUGAGUAUCAUCAGGAAACGCUUGAUAAUCUCCAAACUGCCAUGGAUAACACCAGUAUUCUCUGUGCAGUCAUGCUCGAUACCAAAGGUCCAGAGAUUAGAACCGGUUUUUUAAAAGAUGGAAAACCAAUCCAACUAAAACAAGGCGAAGAAAUCACAAUCUCUACUGAUUACGACAUUAAAGGUGACAACACCAUGAUUUGCAUGAGCUACAAAAAGUUAGCUUACGAUGUAAAACCAGGAAUGGUGAUACUGUGCGCAGAUGGCACAAUCUCAUUCUCUGUUCUUUCAUGUGACACUGAAAAGGGUUUGGUUCGUUGUCGUUGUGAGAACACUGCGGUUCUUGGUGAACGAAAAAACGUUAAUCUUCCAGGAGUCAUAGUUGACCUUCCAACUUUGACCGAGAAAGAUAAAGAAGAUAUACUGACAUGGGGUGUUCCUAACAAGAUCGAUAUGAUUGCUUUGUCUUUUGUUCGUAAAGGUUCAGAUCUUGUUGAGGUUCGAAAAUUGUUGGGCGAGAAUGCAAAGAACAUCCUUCUUAUGUCAAAGGUGGAGAAUCAAGAAGGGGUGGCAAACUUUGAUGAAAUCCUAGCCAACUCCGACGCGUUUAUGGUGGCGCGUGGAGAUUUAGGAAUGGAAAUCCCGAUCGAGAAAAUAUUCCUAGCACAAAAAGUCAUGAUUUACAAAUGCAACCUCCAAGGAAAACCGGUAGUCACCGCCACUCAAAUGCUCGAAUCCAUGAUCAAAUCCCCACGACCAACGCGAGCAGAAGCCACAGACGUCGCCAACGCCGUCCUCGACGGAACCGACUGUGUCAUGCUCAGCGGCGAAACCGCCGCCGGAGCAUACCCUGAAGUCGCCGUGAAAACCAUGGCCAGAAUCUGCAUCGAAGCAGAAAACACAAUCAAUUACGCCGACGUCUUCAAACGAAUCGCCGCAAACGCCCCUGUCCCGAUGAGCCCACUCGAAAGCCUAGCGUCCGCCGCCGUUCGAACCGCUAACUCAUCAAGAGCAACCCUAAUUUUGGUUCUGACAAGAGGCGGAAGCACCGCGAAGCUGGUGGCGAAGUACCGGCCCGGGAUGCCGAUUUUGUCAGUGGUGGUGCCGGAAAUUAAGACGGAUACGUUUGACUGGUCGUGUAGCGAUGAAACGCCGGCGAGGCAUAGUUUGAUUUUUAGGGGUUUGGUUCCGGUGUUAUCCGCCGGAUCGGCGAAAGCUUCUCAUGCUGAAUCGACGGAAGAAGCUUUGGAUUUUGCUCUGCAACAUGCGAAGGAGAAAGGGCUUUGUAAGGCGGGGGAUGCGGUGGUGGCGUUACAUCGCGUCGGAACGGCGUCUAUUAUCAAGAUUGUGAACGUUAAGUGAAAAAGGCGAAAUCGAUUAAGAUUUAUUUUCUGUAUUUUUUUUUUUGUAUAACGUAUAUUUCAGUAAACUAUUGUCGAUGGUUGUGACAUCGAUAAAACUGCAUUGUUUGUGUUUAUGGGGAUUUUUAUGUAAUUUGGCGCAUAAAACUACAGUUGGCGAAAUUUGGCUGACUGUUGCCGAGUUGACUCGGAUUGUAAUGGAAAUGAGUCAAUGACCAACAAUC